AUGCCCAAGAUAGGACCACCAAACCCUGCGAGGCAGCGAGAUUCUGAGCGUCAAAUGCCUGCAGCAUCUCAAUCCUCAUCGUCCUCCUCUUCAUCUCCCGCUACCACCACCACGACUCCCACCACCUCCAUAACUUCCAAGUGCCUCUUCGACAACACUGCUGCCUUACCCAAAACAAACACCACCUACAGCUUUGUCGAUACUGACUCUAGGCUCAGAAAUAACACCAAGACCAUUCCUUCAGUUAGUCCUAGCACACGAUCUCAAACAUGUAUACCUACUGAACUCUCACCUUCCUCUCAGCUAGAAAUCCACGCCCGGUCCCUCCAAUGGCGUAUUCGCACUGAGACCCUCGACCAUGAAAAUCAUUGUCAACCCAUCCGCUUAACCACUUCUGUGGCCAGGGAACGUGCCACCUGGGCGGACAUGGCCGAAUGCAGGAGGAAGUUGAGACCCAAAUGGCUUUGCGCCGAGUGGGUGUCGACAGUCACACGAGAGUGCCUGAGUGCAUCCGACGAUCUGAGCACAGAGACAAAGGAGACAGAGCGAACAGGGAGGGGCCAUAACACAAGGUUUGCGGGCCAAUAUGCAGUCAGACAAGGCGAGAAUACAAGUAUCGAGAAGGAAGUCAACAAAUCCAAAAAAGAUGUCCAUCUUCGCAAAGAUACUCACCAUGUCGAGUGGCUAGGAGGACCCGUUCCAUCAUUGCGUCCUCGACCCCCAACUUAUGACAGUACUUCCAUCCCGAGACCUAACCCUAAUAAACUAGCAGUACCGGCCCCUAGUGCUGAUAGCUCGCCUUUUCGGCCCUCUUUUAUCACCCACCUGCCCGACUUGAGCCCAGUCGAACCGUUCGGUGUCACCAUGACCAAGACGCAGAGGCGCGCAAAAGAACGCAAAGAAAAGAAGAGGAGGGAGGAGGGUCAAGCAUGA